AUGCCAAACAUAGACACUCUCUUCCAAGAGCGAGUAGCCCACGGUCACUUCAAUACAAGUGAGCAGGUUAUUGUCGUUUACAUUUGCUCAGCAGCUGGAGACAACUGUUGGCUCCAGCAGUGGUUCAGACCAGGAAAUCUUAGCAGCGAGGAGCGCAAAGAUAUAAUGUGGAUAAAGUUGGUAAACAACACUAAAGAGUGCCUACUUUUCAAGAGCAUUUUCCCCUCAUCAUCGGCACCAAGUAUAAAUAUACUACAGAACGGUCUACUUGAGUGUUCCAUUCAAGGUAAUGGGCUUUCUCGGGAGCAGGAUCCUUGGGAAACCUUCAGUAAUGGACUGCAGUCAGUAUUCAAGGGUCAAACAACUAAGAGAAAGUUAUUUUGCAAGGGUAACGAAGAUUAUCAAAGAGUGAAGAUAAUGAUUCAGAAUGACAAAUUAGAGAGGAAAUACGCGUUUCAGAAUACUAGCGACUCUCAGAGAAAAAUAUAUAAAUGGAAGCAAUCAACUGUUACCGAUAAUGUUAGCUACAAGAGCCAAAAAGGGUUUCUCGCGCAGAAUAAUUGUACUCUACAAUUGAAACUACCCAAUGGAUACACAAUUUCGAACACAUUUCCUCCUCAGACGAAGCUACACAAAGUAAGAAUGUGGCUGGACUAUAAUUGCUACGACGACGGAACUCCCUACCUUUUCCACAGGAAUGUACCAAGGGUGACUCUAACACAAAAUGACGAAAUGAAAAGCUUGCAAGAGCUGGAUCUGUUGCCCAGGUCUACUCUUAUCCUGGAACCGCUGGAAAUCAAUAGCAAAAAAUUCGAUGACAUUGAGCAGUCUUCUCUUUUACAUAGGGUUUACUGGGGAUUGACAUCUUUUUGGGUAAAGGAACCAGAAGCGGAUUCCUCUUCCUCUCAUCUUGGUUAUCAAAGGUUGGGUACGAACCUGUCAAACAGGGCAAGUUACACUUUACAGAAACUAUCUAGCCUAGAUAUGGUAUCGGAUGGAGGGGGAGGAGGUGAAUCAAAGACCUCUUCUGCUUAUACCACCCCAAAAAUGUACCCUUCAAAUGGCACUUCUCAGUUGCGGCAAAACGUAUCUGAGUUAAAUUUAUCUUCCAAUAAUUCUGCAUCUAAUACCAAAGUUCGUACAUUGGGUUACUCAAAUAAUAAUAAUAACAAUAAUAACAACAAUAAUAAUAAUAAUAGCGGUAACAAUUAA